AUGAAGGGCAUAUCUACUAUCAAAGAUGGUUCAUGCUUGCGCAGAUAUUAUCAAUUCAUCACAGUGGUCUUGCAGAAUGGGGAAAAGAUUGAGAGUUAUUUUCUCGAUGUCUUUUUCAUUUUUCUUUCCCUAUAUUUAAUUCCCUUUCACAUUCAUUAUGGCAUUUCCUUUUGCCUUCCCUCCUUUCGGUCUUUCCUUCUGUCUUUCCUCAUUUCUGCGUUUCCUUUCGGCAUUUUCUUCUGUCUUUCCUCCUUUCGGCAUUUCCUUCUGCCUUUCCUCAUUUCAGCAUUUCCUUUCGGCAUUUCCUUCUACCUCUACUUCUGUCUUUCCUCCUUUCGGCAUUUCCUUCUGUCUUUCCUCCUUUCGGCAUUUCCUUCUGCCUUUUCUCCUUUCGGCAUUUCCUUUCGGCCUCUCCUACCUCUACUUCUGUCUUUCCUCUUUUCAGCAUUUCCUUUCGGCAUUUCCUUCUGUCUUUCCUCUUUUCGGCAUUUCCUUCUGCCACUCCUCUUUUCGGCAUUUCCUUUUGCCUUUCCUCCUAUUUACCUCUACUUCUGUCUUUCCUCCUUUCGGCAUUUCCUUUCGGCGUUUCCUUUCUGCCUUUCCUCCAUUCGGCCUUUCCUUAUGCAUUUCCUCCUCCUUUCGGCCUUUCCUUCUGUCUUUCCUCAUUUCGGCGUUUCCUUUCAGCAUUUCCUUCUGCAUUUCCUCAUUUCGGCAUUUCCUUCUGCCUUUCCUCCAUUCGGCAUUUCUUUUUGGCCUUUCCUUCUAACUCUACUUCUGUCUUUCCUCCUUUCGGCAUUUCCUUUCAGCCUUUCCUUCUGCCUUUCCUCUUUUUGGCCUUUCAUUUUGCAUUUCUCCUUUCAGCUUUUCCUUUUGCCUUUCCUCCUAUCUACCUUUCCUUCAGUCUUUCCUACUUUCGGCAUUUCAUUCCGGCAUUUUUAUCCUUUUGGCCUUUCCUUCUGUCUUUCGCCAUUUCCUUUCGGUAUUUCCUCCUUUCGGCCUUUCCUUUUUGCUUCCUCCUAUCUACUUUUCCUUCUGUCUUUCCUCCUUUCAGCAUUUCCUUUCGGCCUUUCCUUCUGCCUCUCCUCCUUUCGGCCUUUCCUUCUGCCUUUCCUCCUUUCGGCCUUUCCUUCUGCCUCUCCUCCUCCUUUCGACCUUUCCUUCUGCCUUUCCUCCUCUCGACUUUUUUUUGCCUUUCUUUUUCUUUUUUUUCACUUUUCCUUCUUUCUUAAUAUUUACUUCUUCUCAUUUUCAUAA